AUGGAAAAAACCAAAACAAAGCAAGGAGAGAAUGAACAUAUGCCGAUGAAUAAUCCUUCCACACAAAUUUACCAGGCUUCGAAGUACAAGCCUUCCCUGAACCUGACUCCAGUGGGAGCCCGCCUUCAGCGGCAGAAUGGAGGGAUCAUAACCUCUCUAGAGCAGCUUCAUGAAAAAAUCAACGAGAUGAGCAACGUGUUCAACUCGCUGGAGAACAAGUUGCAGGCCCUGGCCUCUGAACUCAAAACUGGUUUCACAGAAGCAAUGCAAGAACUGUCAAGAAUUCAACAUGGAGAAUAUGCUGUGGAAGAAAAGGUUAAGACCUGCAAAUGUUCCAUGGAAGAAAAAGUUACUGAAAUGAAGAAUUCAUUAAACUAUUUCAAAGAAGAACUGAGCAAUGCCAUGUCAAUGAUCCAGGCAAUCACUUCCAAACAAGAAGAGAUGCAACAGAAAAUUGAACAGCUUCAACAGGAGAAGCGAAGAGAAUCUCGAAAAGUGAAAGCCAAGAAAACUCAAAAAGAAGAGCAUGGCUCACAGGCUGGGCCUGCUCAAGCACAAGGAAGUCCUUUCCGUUCAAUCAAUAUCCCUGAGCCUGUUCUUCCAAGUGAAGACUUCACAAACCUCUUGCCUUCUCAGGCCUAUGAAAAAGCCCAAGAGUCCAGAUCCAUGCAUAUAGGAGAUAGUAAUGUGAAGGGAAUGAUGGGUCCUGGAAUGAACCCAACAACUCCAGAAACAGAAGAAAACCUCAAGCCUUGCCUCACAGCCGAUAUCCAGUCUAAGGGCCAUGUGCCAUCUGGUGUGUGGAGGCAGCCGAAGGAUGGGAAAGAAUGGGGCGAGGAAUAUGUCACAAAAGACCACCCAGAUAAACUCAAGGAAGUUGGCCAGGGCAGACAUGGUUCCUUGGAAAAUGUUUUAUGUGAAACUUCUUUAGCUGCUAAAAGACAAACUGUGGCUCUGGAACUGCUUGAAUCAGAAAGAAAAUAUGUCAUUAACAUCUCUCUGAUCCUGAAGAUCAAGGCAACAUUCCAGGGGUCAGACGGAAAGAGGAAUUCCAAAGAGAGAAGCCUCUUCCCUGGCUCUUUACGGUACCUUGUCCAGCAGCACCUAGAUUUGCUUCAUGCUCUGCAGGAAAGGGUCCUGAAAUGGCCACGCCAAGGAGUCCUUGGAGAUUUAUUCCUGAAAUUAACAAAUGAUGAGAAUAAUUUCUUGGAUUAUUAUGUUGCCUAUCUGAGGGACCUGCCUGAAUGCAUCUCUUUGGUUCAUGUUGUUGUUCUGAAGGAGGGUGAUGAAGAGAUUAAAUCUGACAUCUAUACACUGUUUUUUCAUAUAGUCCAGCGCAUCCCUGAAUAUCUGAUACAUCUGCAGAACGUCCUGAAGUUCACAGAGCAGGAACACCCUGACUAUUACCUACUUCUGGUGUGUGUUCAGCGCCUUCGAGUGUUUAUCUCACACUACACCCUGCUGUUUCAAUGCAAUGAGGAUUUGCUUAUUCAGAAACGGAAAAAGCUCAAGAAGUCAUCCAUGGCGAAGCUGUAUAAAGGGCUGGCUUCCCAGUGUGCCAAUGCUGGGCAAGAUGCUUCCCCCACUGCAGGCCCUGAGGCGGUCCGUGACAGUGGGAUCCACUCAGAAGAGAUGCUGCAACCCUACUCUUCUGCUCCAAGUUCUGGCCCUGCUAUCACGCAUUUGAUGCCCCCCAUGAAGAAAAGCCAACAGCAGCAAAGCCUGAUGGACGGCAUGCAGCCCGGGAAGCCCGGCGACUGGGAGAUGGAGGGCCGGAAGCACGAGAGGCCCGAGAGCCUCCUGGCGCCGGCGCAGUUCUGCCCCGCCGAGCAGGACGUGAAGGCGCUCUCGGGGCCCCUGCAGUCCAUCCCGGAGAUGGACUUCGAGCCUUCGCCCGCCGAGCCCUCGCUGGGGAACGUGGAGCGCUCCCUGCGCGCCCCGGCCGAGCUGCUGCCCGACGCCCGCGGCUUCGCGCCCUCGGCCUACGAGGAGUUCGAGUAUGGCGGCGAGAUCUUCGCGCUGCCCGCGCCCUACGACGAGGAGCCCUUCCAGGCGCCGGCCCUCUUCGAGAACUGCUCGCCCGCCUCCUCCGAGUCCAGCCUGGACAUCUGCUUCCUGCGGCCCGUCAGCUUCGCCAUGGAGGCCGAGCGGCCGGAGCACGCGCUGCAGCCGCUGCCCAAGAGCGCCACGUCGCCGGCGAGCAGCAGCGGCGCCUACAAGCUGGAGGCGGCGGCGCAGGCGCACGGCAAGGCCAAGCCGCUGAGCCGCUCGCUCAAGGAGUUCCCGCGCACGCCGCCCGCCGAGGGCGUGGCCCCGCGCCUCUACAGCACGCGCAGCAGCAGCGGCGGCCGCGCGCCGCUCAAGGCCGAGCGCGCCGCGCAGGCGCACGGCUCGGCCGCCGCCGCCGCCGCCGCCGCCGCUGCCGCCGCCUCCCGCGGCGCGCCCAGGACCUACUUCCCCCAGCAGAGGUCCCAAAGCGAAAAGCAGACCUAUUUGGAAGUAAGGAGGGAGAUGCAUUUAGAAGACACCACCAGAUUCUGUCCAAAGGAAGAAAGAGAAAGUGAACAAACAUCUUUCAGCGAUCAAAACCCCAGGCAAGACCAGAAAGGGGGCUUUCGCAGCUCCUUCCGCAAGCUCUUUAAAAAGAAGUCCAGUGGAUCAGAAUACAGGGAAAAAACUAAUGAGAAUCCCUCAAUGGAUCCUUCACCCACCAAACAAGAUUUCUUCAGAAACCGACUUGCUCUUGCAAAUGACCUUGACCAAGGAACAGCUGUGUAAAACAUACUUAAAGUUGUAUUGUCAAGUGGUAAGAUGAGGAUCAAAAGCUUGUAUAUAUUUGUGUAGGAAAAAUAUAUAUAUUGGUGUAUAAAUCCCUGAGGAAAACUAAUAUAAAUACUUACAUAUGAAACUAAAUCAGCAUACAAACAAGACAUUGAAGAGAUGAAGAUUAGUCUAUGGUUGAGAACUGGCUUUUUGAACCUCAACACUUGGGGAAAGGGAAAUGAAGACUUUUCACAGUAUUAUAAAAAAACACACACAAUGAAUGUGGAGGAAAAUAAACGUUUGUAAGA